AUGACACUGCGCGGAUUUUUUGGGGUACAACCAGACAUCGCACUAGGUUGUUGGAGAUUAGCUCGACCGAAGAGGAGCAGAGAGGAGCAGCGCACUGGGCAAGCGGGCAAACGUGGCCCGGCAUCAUCACGCCAGGUGCAACGCUCCCCACUGGCCCAGCGUUUUGACAGUUCCCGGCUGUAUUUGGUUGGACGGCGCAUGCCCCCCCCACGCGUCCAGAACAAAGUUUGCUUCCCCCCUCGGAUCAAGACCGAUCGUUGCCCGAACGAGCAUGAUCUUGGAACAGGAUGGUCUGGCCGAAAAGCGCGGUUUGAGCGGGUUGGCCUCGGGAAACCGGGCACUGAGGGGGGCAAAAACAAGCGAGUUGGCAUGGAUCCCGAUAUGUUUCAAGCAGAGAAGGGGGUGGUUGGGGAUUGGGGGGUUGGUAUGCUUGAUGAUUUGGCCAAGACCCUCAUGCUCUCCCCGUUUUCGUAUUUUUUUGGGGGGCGUCUCUCCUCUAGCUACUCCGUAGUUGGUGCUAGCCGCUUCGAAAUUUAG